CUGCCUAACUCGACCACCCAAACCAAGGUCCAAGGUUGGCUUUGCUUUCUUUUUCCUUUUCCUUUCCAUCGUCUCUAAUUUUGAUCAUAUUGAGUUGAGUUAGUGUUGGUUGACUGGCAAUUUGCAGUCUUUCCAAAUUAGAGCUACAAAAGGCUGGAACCUUUUACGCGAAUGACAAAGGUUUAUCCCAACGCUAGUUUUACCGGCAGCGAUGCCAUCAUCUCCGAGAGGCCAUCAGUAGCAGCUGACACGAGCGAGGAGACGGUUCUUACCGUCUGGAAGAAAUCGUUGCUGUUCAACUGUAACGGCUUCACGGUGUUUGAUGUUAAAGGUGAUUUGGUGUUCAGGGUGGAUAAUUACAUGGAAGGCAACAAGGUUGAGAUCCUUCUCAUGGAUGCCAAUGGAAAGCCUCUCCUCACCAUCCGCCGCAAGAAAAUGAGCCUGGGGGACAACUGGCUGGUUUACGAGGGAGAAACCUCAGUGAAUCCCCGACUUUCAGUCAGGAAAUCAGUGAACAUCCUAAACAACAAGUGCUUGGCUUACGUUAUCCCCGGAAACAGUGACAGUCGAAAUAACAACAUCAUGUACGAGAUUGAGGGAUCAUAUUCCCAACGAUGCUGUGCCGUGUUCGAUGGGAAGAGGAGGUUAGUAGCGGCGAUCAAGCGAAAAGAGGCUGUUGGAGGAGUUGCCUUCGGAACCGACGUCUUCCGUCUUAUUGUUCAGCCUGAUUCUAUCAGGACGGACUUUACCAUGGCUCUCGUCAUCAUUCUUGAUCAAAUGUUCGGAUCUUCAAGACGUUGCUAGCUGCUCCACCUAAAUCUUUUGCUUGCUAUUUUUCUUCUGGAAAUUAAACACUAUAUAUAUAAUCAUAGCAACAAAUUUCCAAAUUGCAGCGUGAUCAGCAUAUUUGGUUUUAUGAACUUCCUCACCAAAUCGCUUACUUUGGUUAAGAAAAAGGGAAAAAAAAUAAAAAACUGAAACUGAAACUAGUUUCUUUGGUCUUGGGGCUUGGUUUUUUCGUUUUAAAUAAAAAACGAAGCUUCCGGUGGGGGUCUAUAUACAUUCAACAGAAGAAUAAUUUUCUGUUUCUCUAUCUCUUUCCUUCUUUUUGGAUGGUUGUUUAUGAAAGCUGCUGCUCUGAUCUGGGUUUUUCUGUGUAGAGGAAACAUCAAAAAAAAAAAAAAAAAAACCAUAAACAGUUUGUCUUUCUCUAUAUUCAGCUGAGAGAGGGAUGCGAUUUUAGUUAAUUUGGAUAACUCCAAUUUAUAUCAAUACAAGCUUAUUGUCACACAUCAAACGAUCAUCUACAAUGGAAAACGAAACUGGAAACAAAUAUAAAUUUAAACCGAAAUUCUAGAGGAAUAUAUAAAUAAAUAAAUAAAACAGAAAAUGAAAAAGAAAGUGAAAUAGAUGAUCGGUAAUUAAGGAGGUUGCAGAGAGAUGAAAAGAAAGGUGUAUGAUUAUCAUUUUGAGUUGUUACUUGUUAAAAUUAUGUUCUUGUAUACUUGGUAUAUAUGGAGUGAAGUUGACUCCAGAUAUAUAUACUCACAUGUCUUCAAUAAUUUUUUUUCUUCUUUCAACAAUUAAGAUCGAUUUCUUCUAAAUUUACAUAAUCAAAAUCUUUACAUUUUUCCUCAAUGAAAUUGCGAAUCAUAAGAAAAAAAAAAAAAAAAA